AUGCUUAUUAAUAUAUGUCUGUUACUUUUUAUAUCAAUUCAGUACAUUACUGGCAUUAAUUAUGGCAAAAUUCACAUAAACAAUAGUUUUCCCGUCUGUUACAACUUAGCACAUGGAAAUCAUAAUCUUAAGACCCCACAAUAUUAUAAUGCUACCGCAAGUUUCUUUGCAAAAUAUCAAAAGCCUGAGUAUUUUCUUCGUUGUCACGCCAAAUCAGCAUCAUAUUUUUAA